GAUUUGCUCGGCACUGUGACCACUCCCUGACACCGAUCUGUUUACCUAUUGUUCUGAUAAUCUACACAUGUGACUUGUCUCCUUAUUCUAUUUCAUGAAGGCCAAAGCCGACAAAAUCUAAUAGGUACAUCAAUGAUGACGCUCUUUGAGACUAGCAUCGUUGGUUUUUAGAAAGACGUGCUAAUUCAGUGCUUUAUUGAUAAAUCGAGUAUCAUCACAGUCCUAUCAAAGCCCAACGGAUCAGCGUACAUACACUUUUGAGAGCAAAGUACAUACAUCACCGCGUCACCUCUAAAGAAGACGAUGCACGAAUUAUCAGAUUUGGCCGGUGCCCCGUACCAGCGUAUAUGUACUAAUGCUAUCCGACGAGAAGACGACAUUUGGAUUGUGAGUAGCCCCGGUGGUCCAAACUCCAGCGCUGGUCUCAUACAGUGCAGACCUGCUUCUGCAUAGAGCCCAGUGAUAGCCUGCGAAGUACGGGCUCAGAUUCGGUCAGUGUCAGACACACCGAAGUGCACCAUCUGAGUUUGGGAAGCGGUCGGGCUGGUCAUAACCAAACCGCUGGGCGCAUACAUCUAGCAACGUUCUAAUAAGCGUAUAUUCAUCCUCAGACACAGAACGUACGGUCGCCUAUAGAGGCACGGUUACCUACAGAGACAUGGUCACUGAUCACCUAUAGGCACCAUGCGCGUGUGUAGCGUGCACGCGCUGUGAGAGCCCGCUUUGCGACACGGCAACAGGCGUCCUCGCUUGUGUUGUAGUGGCUUGGCCCGUGUUGAAGGAAUACGAUGUGGGGGUAUUGAUCCGUCUCAAAUCACGAUCAGCGAUAGGAGAUGUGCGGAAGUCGUUUGGUCUGGUGACUGGGGUCGUUCUGAAGUUGUUGUGGCGCACACUGUCGAAUACUUCCACAGCCUAUGUGAAGGUAAGGGGUAUGUAAGGGGUAUGUGGGUGGUCGUAUAAAUGCGUGUCUUUUAUUGUUAUAGGGGUCAUUACUAUCUGGUACU